GGCCAAGUCCCCCAGAGUCGAGCCUCAGCCCGAGGUGGGCAUGACAGCAAGCACUCUGCUCCCAUCCAACAGCUGAAGCUACACUGUGCCCAGAGCUUGGGCCAAGGAGGCAUUUGAGGGCACUGGGCAGUUGACCCCGAGCCCCCAAGGCCGAAGAGGAUCUGGUUGGUUUGCCAUCAGUUCUGAGGGCAGCCAGCCCCCUGCAGGGGAGAAUGUGGUGCAGGGCUCAGGGGUGAUGCUCAGGGGUGUCUGGUACCUGCACAGCAGCAGCAUCCAGGCCUCACAGGCACACCUCACAAUCCCAGCAGAGCCUGCGUGCCCCUCUCCCCAGCCUGGCCCGUGGGCGGGGUGGCCACCCAGCACUUGGGGGCUGCACAUUACAGCUGCCCCGGUUGCCCACCACCCUCCUGGCUCCUGAGCCCAGGAUGCAAGGAUGGCCCGCCGGUCUCUGCCCACUGUGGUGCCUCUGGGCCCCCAGAGCCUGCGCCCCUUCACCCUGGAGUCCCUGGCAGCCAUAGAACAGCGGGUGGUGGAGGAGGAGGCCAGGCAGCAGAGGAACAAACAGAUGGAGAUCGAGGAGCCUGAACGGAAGCCACGAAGUGACCUGGAGGCUGGCAAGAGCCUGCCCCUUAUCUAUGGGGACCCCCCGCCGGAGGUUAUCGGCAUCCCCUUGGAGGACCUGGACCCCUACUACAGUGACAAGAAGACCUUCAUCGUGCUCAACAAGGGCAAGUCCAUCUUCCGCUUCUCCGCCACGCCCGCGCUCUACCUGCUGAGCCCCUUCAACAUCGUCAGACGUGGCGCCAUCAAGGUGCUCAUCCACUCGCUGUUCAGCAUGUUCAUCAUGAUCACCAUAUUGACCAACUGUGUGUUCAUGACCAUGAACGAGCCGCCUCCCUGGUCCAAGAACGUGGAGUACACCUUCACAGGGAUCUACACCUUUGAAUCCCUCAUCAAGAUGCUGGCCCGAGGCUUCUGCAUCGACGACUUCACAUUCCUCCGGGACCCCUGGAACUGGCUGGACUUCUGCGUCAUUGUGAUGGCGUACGUGACGGAGUUUGUGGACUUGGGCAACAUCUCAGCCCUGAGAACCUUCCGGGUGCUGCGGGCCCUGAAAACCAUCACAGUCAUCCCAGGGCUGAAGACGAUUGUGGGGGCCCUGAUCCAGUCGGUGAAAAAGCUGUCGGACGUGAUGAUCCUCACCGUCUUCUGCCUGAGCGUCUUUGCCCUGGUGGGGCUGCAGCUCUUCAUGGGAAACCUGCGACAGAAGUGUGUGCGCUGGCCCCCACCCUUCAACGACACCAACACCACGUGGUACGGCAAUGACACGUGGUACAAUGACACGGGGUACGGCAAUGACUCGUGGUAUGGCAAUGGCACCUGGAACAGCCAGGAGAGUGGGGCCAGCAACUACACCUUUGACUGGGACGCUUACAUCAGUGAUGAAGGGAACUACUACUUCCUGGAGGGUGCUCUCGAUGCCCUACUCUGUGGGAACAGCAGUGAUGCCGGGCAUUGCCCCGAGGGUUACGAGUGCAUGAAGGCUGGGCGGAACCCCAACUAUGGCUACACCAGCUAUGACACCUUCAGUUGGGCCUUCCUGGCUCUAUUCCGCCUCAUGACACAGGACUAUUGGGAGAACCUCUUCCAGCUGACCCUUCGAGCGGCUGGCAAGACCUACAUGAUCUUCUUCGUGGUCAUCAUCUUCCUGGGCUCCUUUUACCUCAUCAACCUGAUCCUGGCGGUGGUGGCCAUGGCUUAUGCCGAGCAGAACGAGGCCACCCUAGCUGAGGAUCAGGAGAGAGAAGAGGAGUUUCAGCAGAUGCUGGAGAAAAUCAAAAAACAUCAGGAGGAACUGGAAAAGGCCAAGGCUGCCCAGGCGCUGGAAGAUGGGGAGCCAGACGGUGACCCAGCCCAUGGCAAAGACUGCAAUGGCAGCCUGGACACUUCACCGGGGGAGAAGGGGCCCCCAAGGCAGAGCUGCAGUGCAGAAAGCGGCAUCUCGGAUGCUAUGGAGGAGCUAGAAGAGGCCCACCAGAAGUGCCCACCGUGGUGGUACAAGUGCUCCCACAAAUUGCUCAUAUGGAACUGCUGUGCUCCAUGGGUGAAGUUCAAGAACAUCAUCCACCUGAUUGUCAUGGACCCCUUCGUGGACCUGGGCAUCACCAUCUGUAUCGUGCUCAACACCCUCUUCAUGGCCAUGGAACAUUAUCCCAUGACGGAGUACUUCGACCACGUGCUCAGUACGGGCAACCUGGUCUUCACGGGCAUCUUCACAGCAGAGAUGGUGCUGAAGCUCAUCGCCAUGGACCCCUACGAGUACUUCCAGCAGGGCUGGAACAUCUUCGACAGCAUCAUCGUCACCCUCAGCCUGGUGGAGCUGGGCCUGGCCAACGUGCAGGGGCUGUCGGUGCUCCGCUCCUUCCGUCUGCUGCGGGUCUUCAAGCUGGCCAAGUCCUGGCCCACGCUGAACAUGCUCAUCAAGAUCAUCGGCAAUUCCGUGGGGGCGCUGGGCAACCUGACGCUGGUGCUGGCCAUCAUCGUGUUCAUCUUCGCCGUGGUGGGCAUGCAGCUGUUCGGCAAGAGCUACAAGGAAUGCGUGUGCAAGAUCUCCUCCGACUGCAGCCUGCCGCGCUGGCACAUGUACGACUUCUUCCACUCCUUCCUCAUCGUCUUCCGCAUCCUCUGCGGGGAGUGGAUCGAGACCAUGUGGGACUGCAUGGAGGUGGCCGGCCAGCCCAUGUGCCUCACCGUCUUCCUCAUGGUCAUGGUCAUCGGCAACCUGGUGGUCCUGAACCUCUUCUUGGCCCUGCUGCUGAGCUCCUUCAGCGCCGACAGCCUGGCAGCCUCGGACGAGGACGGUGAGAUGAACAACCUGCAGAUCGCCAUCGGGCGCAUCAAGUGGGGCAUCAGCUUCGCCAAAACCUUCCUGCUGGGGCUGCUGCACGGCAAGGUCCUGAGCCCCAAGGACAUUGUGCUCAGCAUUGGGAAGCUCGGGGAGGCGGGGGAGGCUGGGGAGGCCGAGGAGGGUGCUCCUGAGGAAGAGAAGAAGGAACUGCCACCCAAGGAAGAUGACAAGGACUUGAAGGACAGUCACAUCCUGAACCACGUGGGCCUGGCUGAUGGGCCUUCCCCCGGCAUUGAGCUGGACCACCUCAACUUCAUCAACAACCCCUACCUGACCAUCCACGUGCCCAUCGCCUCCGAGGAGUCCGACCUGGAGAUGCCGACAGAGGAGGAGACCGACACCUUCUCGGAGCCCGAGGAUGUCAAGAAGCUGCCACGGCCCUUUGACGGGGAGUCCUCAGUCUGCAGCACAGCCGACUACAAGCCCCCUGAGGAGGACCCUGAGGAGCAGGUGGAGGAGAAUGCCGAGGGGGAGCAGCCUGAGGAGUGCUUCACUGAGGCUUGCGUGCAGCGCUGGCCCUGCCUCAAUGUGGACAUCUCCCAGGGCCGUGGGAAGAUGUGGUGGACCCUCCGCAGGGCCUGCUUCAAGAUCGUGGAGCACAACUGGUUUGAGACCUUCAUCGUCUUCAUGAUCCUGCUCAGCAGCGGAGCCCUGGCCUUUGAGGACAUCUACAUUGAGCAGCGGCCCACCAUCCGCACCAUCCUGGAGUACACCGACAAGGUCUUCACCUACAUCUUCAUCAUCGAGAUGCUGCUCAAGUGGGUGGCCUACGGCUUCAAGGUGUACUUCACCAACGCCUGGUGCUGGCUCGACUUCCUCAUCGUGGACGUGUCCAUCAUCAGCCUGGCGGCCAACUGGAUGGGCUACUCGGAGCUGGGAGCCAUCAAAUCCCUGCGGACGCUGCGGGCCCUGCGUCCCCUGAGGGCACUGUCCCGAUUCGAGGGCAUGAGGGUGGUGGUGAAUGCCCUCCUGGGCGCCAUCCCCUCCAUCAUGAACGUGCUGCUCGUCUGCCUCAUCUUCUGGCUCAUCUUCAGCAUCAUGGGUGUCAACCUGUUUGCUGGCAAGUUCUACUACUGCAUCAACACCACCACCUCCGAGAGGUUUGACAUCUCCGUGGUCAACAACAAGUCCCAGUGCGAGAGCCUGAUGCACACGGGACAGGUCCGCUGGCUCAACGUCAAGGUCAACUAUGACAACGUGGGUCUGGGCUACCUCUCCCUCCUGCAGGUGGCCACCUUCAAAGGCUGGAUGGACAUCAUGUAUGCAGCCGUGGACUCCCGGGAGCUGGAGCAGCAGCCGGAUUAUGAGGUGAACAUCUACAUGUACCUCUAUUUCGUCAUCUUCAUCAUCUUCGGAUCCUUCUUUACCCUCAACCUCUUCAUUGGCGUCAUCAUUGACAACUUCAACCAGCAGAAGAAGAAGUUUGGAGGAAAAGACAUCUUUAUGACAGAGGAACAGAAGAAAUACUAUAACGCCAUGAAGAAGCUUGGCUCCAAGAAGCCUCAGAAGCCAAUCCCGCGGCCCCAGAACAAGAUCCAGGGCAUGGUGUACGACUUCGUGACGAAGCAGGUCUUCGACAUCGUGAUCAUGAUCCUCAUCUGUCUCAACAUGGUCACCAUGAUGGUGGAGACAGAUGACCAGAGCCAGCUGAAGGUGGACAUCCUGUACAACAUCAACAUGAUCUUCAUCAUCAUCUUCACGGGGGAGUGUGUGCUCAAGAUGUUUGCUCUGCGCCAUUACUACUUCACCAUUGGCUGGAACAUCUUCGACUUUGUGGUCGUCAUCCUGUCUAUCGUGGGUCUCGCGCUGUCUGACCUGAUCCAGAAAUACUUCGUGUCCCCAACACUAUUCCGCGUGAUCCGCCUGGCCCGUAUCGGACGUGUCCUGCGGCUGAUCCGUGGGGCCAAGGGCAUUCGGACGCUGCUCUUUGCCCUCAUGAUGUCGCUGCCUGCCCUCUUCAACAUCGGCCUCCUUCUCUUCCUGGUCAUGUUCAUCUACUCCAUCUUCGGCAUGUCCAACUUCGCCUAUGUCAAGAAGGAGUCGGGUAUUGAUGACAUGUUCAAUUUUGAGACCUUUGGCAACAGCAUCAUCUGCCUCUUUGAGAUCACCACGUCAGCUGGUUGGGACGGGCUCCUCAACCCCAUCCUCAACAGCGGGCCCCCCGACUGCGACCCCACCCUGGAGAACCCGGGCAGCAGCAUCAAGGGUGACUGUGGCAACCCCUCCAUCGGCAUCGUCUUCUUCUGCAGCUAUAUCAUCAUCUCCUUCCUCAUCGUGGUCAACAUGUACAUCGCCAUCAUCCUGGAGAACUUCAACGUGGCCACCGAGGAGAGCAGCGAGCCCCUCAGCGAGGACGACUUCGAGAUGUUCUAUGAGACAUGGGAGAAAUUCGACCCCGAUGCCACGCAGUUCAUCGCCUACAGCCGCCUCUCUGACUUCGUGGACACACUGCAGGAGCCGCUGAAGAUCGCCAAGCCCAACAAGAUCAAGCUCAUCACACUGGACCUGCCCAUGGUGGCGGGGGACAAGAUCCACUGCCUGGACAUCCUCUUCGCCCUGACCAAGGAGGUCCUGGGCGACUCGGGGGAGAUGGACACCCUCAAGCAGACCAUGGAAGAGAAGUUCAUGGCAGCCAACCCCUCCAAAGUCUCCUAUGAGCCCAUCACCACCACCCUCAAGAGGAAGCAUGAGGAGGUGUGUGCCAUCAAGAUCCAGAGGGCCUACCGCCGGCACCUGCUUCAGCGCUCGGUGAAGCAGGCGUCCUACAUGUAUCGCCACAGCCAGGACGGUAGCGGGGACGCGGCCCCCGAGAAGGAGGGGCUGAUCGCCGACACCAUGAGCAAGCUGUACGGCCAGGAGACUGGGGACGGUGGUGUGCAGGACAAGGGUGAGGAGAGGGGCUCCACAGAGGACGCUGGGCCCACCGCAGGGCCCACCGCAGGGCCUGCGCCCAUCAGCCCCCCAGACACUGCCCACCCUCCCUCCCCACCCCCAGGGCAAACGGUUCGCCCAGGGGUCAAAGAGUCUCUGGUGUAGCAGCAGGCGGGGUGGCCAGCAGAGGCUGGCAGAGCCCCGAAGCUUCCCGCUCACUGGCUGAGGGAGCAGGGCCUUGCGUCUGGGGCUGACCCGCCUCCCUGUCAGGGACAGGGCGUGGCCACGCUGGAGCUGACACCCAGGCCAGAGCCCUCGCGUCCCCAGGCCACGGAACACGGGAACUGUAAAUCUGAGGCUCCACGCUGGGCCUGAGGCCUCUGUGGUUUUGCCUUCAAGUUGCUCUCACCUCCUCAUGGACCUGCUGCCCCUCCUCUCGGCCUGGGGCUGGGGGUCGUCAGAACAUCAGAACCUCUGACCCUCAUUUAAGGGGCCAGCCUACAACGGAGGGAGUGGCUGCCCCCCCGUCACCAGAGUCUUAAGGGCUGCUGGCCUCUCCCCAGGAAGUGGCUCAGGCCCCCUGGGCCCACCAAAGACGUCUUAACCUCAGUGAGAGCAGACACCUGAGCCCAGGGCCUGCCAGCCCUCCGCAGCUCUGGGACGCAGCUUCCCCUGCCAGCUCAGGAACUGGUCUGACCAGCCACUGGAUCCUGGUGCAUCUGGCUGAGGUUGUGGUCCCUGAAACCGCUUCCCGGUGUGUCUACCGUCCAGACCUCCACUCCCUGGCUGGCCCCUGGGGGAACAGCACAAGGGAGGGUUCCACUUGGGAGUCGACUUUGUCUAGGAAGCGCAGAUGGGUAGGACACGUGGCGUCCACUGGAGUAUCGCCGCACUGGGGCUCUUCUUGGCCUGAGCACCCAGACCUGGGGUGGGGUCAGGGACCCCGGCACUCAGGAGAAAAAACCUUGUUCCUUCCUUCCCUUCCUUACUCCUCAUCCUCCCCCCCCCAUCCCCCAAAAGUGAUCCUAGAAUGUUCUAGUUGAGCCCAUGUUAGAGAUUUCACACCGGGCCGUGUCCGGCCCACCUGCCUGAGGCCCAACCUUCCAACUUCCUGCCGCCUGGAAAGCUGGGCAGCCCUUUGCUGGCACAGCCGGUCCAGGCACACGGGGCCAGGCUGCCGCUGGGCCCCGGGGAAGAGCCAGAGGCUGAACGCGGAGGAGGAGUCACCGGAUCGAUUCGCCAGUGUGCGUGUACUCAAGUGUGCGAACCACCGUGCCCCACGAUGCCUGCCUCUGGGUGUGUGUCUGGGUAUGUUUGUGUGAAUGCGUGUCAGUGUGCCCGAAGUGUCUGGCUGCCGGGUGUGUGUCCUCCUGUGGAGGCCUGUCCAUAUGAGUGUGCCUGUGCCGCGAGUGUAUGAGUGUGAACAUGGGUGCUGAGGUCUCGUCCCUGCUGGUCUUAGUUCCUCUUCUUUUUCUUCUUGUUUCUCGUGAACGGUUUGAUUAAAACUCAGGAAGCAGCAAAACCUCCAAAACAACACAUGUGUGUGCAUGCACACGCCCGUGGGCCAGAGCCCCCCUUCUGUCUGCCCCGCCCUCGGGGCCCUCACCGCCGCCCCUCCUGGUCAUCCCUCUCUCAGUCCCUCGACCCCCACGACUCUCCCUUCCGCUGGCUGUUUUCGUCACACCCUUGCCCUGGCCCGGCUCCACGUCUCCUGCCUGUGUCUCCCACGGAAAGGGGCCCCACUCCACCCAGCUCUUCUUUCAGACGUUCACCCUCGGGGCGGGGGCGGCCUCCUCCCUGACCAGCUCCCUGCCCACUGCCUGCCUCUCCCCCGUGGCCCCCGGCCCGGCUUGGCCCCAAGAGCCUCCCGCUGUCGGACGGGGCACACCGUGUGCGGACUCCAGAGCCGCCCACUGGCUGUGCCCCUCCGCACCUGCAGACGCGCCCCUGUUUGCACCCUGUCCCAGAAGGAGCAGGCCAGGCCAGGCCAGUGGACCGGCCCCUUUGUACAGUUCUUACAAUAAAUCUCCCCUCCUGCCUCUGA